AAAUGUGUUUCUGGGUCCUUUCAAAGUCACUUCCUGCAGCCCUGGAUCUCCGGAGGGGGCGGGAUCCAUGUGGCGACUCCCCUCCAGUGUUUUCAUUUUUUCCUGCUGAUACGUGGCUGUUUGGGAAAAGCGGCGGCGACACGGCAGCUCGUGGCCCGUCAAAGGUUUCUCUGCAGCGGCAGCAGCAGCAACAGCAGCUGGAGCUCUGCGGAAACUCUCCUCUGCCUGCUCCAUCACCCGGCCUGGAUGGCAGGGACACACUGGUGCACAGACUGCCGAAACCACAAGCAUUACUGGUUGCAAGUGAUCGUUGGACCGUGGGAGGGAUGAACAGUGGAUGUUACUGGAGGCCCAGCUGGGCUAUAGCUGCUCUGUUUAUCCCUGUUACCCUGCUAAUGCUGACCUGCAGGGGGGCUUCAAGCGGCCAGAAGAUGACACAAACUGCCAUGUCUCAAGCGGGAGCCACAGCUGCAGGACUAGGUCCCAGCCUGACAGAUGACCUCCCAGGCCUCCAGGCAGUAGCAGACUUUUUAGCCAGUGAGCAUACACAUGUUUGGCUCCUGUCCCUGGUGGGCUCUGUUGCUGUAGGCCUCAGUGGGAUUUUCCCCCUACUUGUUAUUCCCAUUGAAGCUGGAGCAACCCUUAAAACAGAAGCUGGGUGCCAGAAACUGAAGCAGCUCUUGAGCUUUGCUAUUGGUGGUCUCCUUGGUGAUGUGUUCCUUCACCUUCUUCCUGAGGCGUGGGCGCUCUCCAGCUAUUCAGUUUCUAAACGAAACCACUACAUGUCCCAAGGCUUGUGGGUAAUCAUUGGGCUCCUGGCCUUCCUUCUGUUGGAGAAAAUGUUCCCAGACCAAGACAGCCUAGAAGAUUCCACCUCAGAUUCAGACCUAAAUUUCAACCUAUCUACACGGUCUGAUUCAGCUGUCAGUGGAAAAACAGUGGCGUCACUCAGGAAUGGACACCAUGCUGAGCCACAGAGAGCCUCCAAGCAACACAGUCUGCAGUGUAGAUCAGAGAAGAUCAAGACGAGUGGAUACCUAAAUCUGCUGGCCAACUGCAUUGACAACUUCACCCAUGGAUUGGCAGUAGCUGGGAGUUUCUUGGUCAGCAAAAAGGUCGGAUUUCUCACCACCUUUGCCAUCCUUCUCCAUGAAAUUCCCCAUGAGGUGGGAGAUUUCGCCAUCCUGCUGAGAGCAGGGUUCGAUCGCUGGAGUGCCGCUCGCAUGCAGCUGUCUACAGCCCUGGUUGGGAUCUUGGGAGCCUGUUUUGCUUUGUGUGUUGAGUCACCAAAAGGCACAGCCAACGCCAGUUGCUGGAUAUUGCCUUUCACCGCUGGAGGAUUCCUCUACAUAGCCUUGGUGAAUGUAGUGCCUGACCUGCUACAAGAGUCCAGUUUAAGGCACUCGCUACUGCAAAUACUGCUCAUUUUUUGCGGUGUGGCCAUCAUGGCUGUGCUUUCUGCCAUUGUGGACUGAUUACGGAGGACACACCCCUCUUGCCUUACCAAAUACUACCAGUGGAAAGCAAUCUUCUUCCUAACCAACUCCUCAUAUGUUACCCCACCAAUCAUGGACACAUUGUCUUGAUUUAAAAGCUUUAAGUGAUGUAUAAUGUCAUUACCAGGUUACAGUUAAGCAAUCAAAUAUCCGUUAAGGACUGGCACUUUACAGAGGGAGGACUAAAGGAAUACCCUCUUGAUCAGAUGACAGGACCUUACACUUAAAAAUGUGCCAUACCUAAAACCCGAGGAGGAAUCAAAAAGGUUUGGAUUGAGAUCUGUUACCAAACUGUCUUUCAGACAAUCAUGAUGUUUUGCACAUAUAUUUACACGAUGUACAUUGUCAGUAACAAUAAUAAUUCCUGUUUUCAACAGAACAGGUGUUACUGGCCCUGCACGUGACUUCUUCUUUACAAUAUAGUCAAACUUUAAAUUUGUAAAAUGUUCUGUGUAUUUUUACUGAUGUGUAUACUUUGUUUCUCAUGUAGAUUCUGUAUAUUUAUUGAAAAUGAGCAAAGUUUUAUUGCCCCUCCCCUUUGUGAUCUUCUAGUGUUCUUUAGAAAUAAGUGCCAAUAUAUCAGGAUGAUUUUUUUUACUGUUCACGACGAACCAAAGUACCUUGUAAGUAUUUGUUUUGAUCACACAUUAUAGUAUGUUUGCACCUUUUGAACAUUGGUGCUCUCGUACAGUUCUUUUUUCCCAAAUAAUAAUGACAGUGUGACUGAAAAUAAAGAUUCAUAGUGUUUCAUAUUAAGUUGCACCAUAUUUUUUGCUAACAGUUUGAGACAAGGGGCAAAUAAUUUUUUUUAGAAAGUUGACCCCAAGGAUUUACUCAUGUCAUGUUGUUACACAUUUGAAGAAGAAAUAAACUUAAUUUCAGACAA